AACCGUGCACAUAACGAAAACAAAGGUGAUCAAGCCAAGAUCUAGUUCGGUAGUUCGGUGCUCGCAAUAUCAAUACUGAGAAUAGUAACAAUAUCAUCGAUAAUUCUGGCACUGGUAAUACCCCUGAUCAACAUGGCGACGGGAGAACAGCUUCAUAGAAUGACAGAAAAUGUCUACAGGCAUACAAUAGAUGGGUUCAAUCCUGAAUUACGGAAUCUAGUUACUCUCGGCCGAGCUUAUGAGAAAGCCUUACAAAGUGUAUCACAGGCAGCUAAGGAUUAUUUCAAUGCCAUAGUAGCUGUUGGUGAACUAGCAAGUGAGACUAAAGAUUCAAGACAACUAGGUCAGUCACUACUUCAAAUUGCUGAGACUUACAGGCAGAUAGAAACCGAGAGAGAAAUCACGGUGCAUGCAUUGAGGAAAGAGCUUUUGCAUCCAUUAGAAGGUAAACUAGAGCAGGAAUGGAAGACUGUGCUUCAGGUUCAGAAAUCAUACCUAUCAGAAAACAAAGCAAAAUCAGAGGCUGUGGAUAAGUGUCGCUCCGAGGUGAAGAAACUUCAGAAGAAAACCCAGAAGAAUCACAGUGAAAAGUACAUAGAGAAAGAACAGAGGACGGCAGAAGAGCUUCAACUUCUCACCAAACAACUACAUAACUUCAGAUCUAAUGGGCUGAGAGAGGCAUGGACCGAAGAGAGGAGACGCUAUUGUUACCUUGUCGAUAGGUAUUGCUCUCUCAUCAAAAACAAUGCUGCUUUCUUUAGCAAGGCUCAGAGUGUUCUUCAUCAUCGCCUUCCCAAGUGGAAUGAGUCAUGUGACAAACCAGACAAGCUGCCUGAAGAAUGUGAAGACAUCCUCAGCUUUGAUUUCUCGGGUCCCCUUGAGACGCCCCUUCAGGUAGAGCUGAGGAACUCUAGAAGACUCUACGAACGCAACGUCCUGCUCACCCAGAAUGAAGAGAGAAUCAAGAAGUCACCCGUACAUGAGCCUCACUCCCCCAAAACUGGUAACAAUCCCGACCGGCCCCUUUCUGUGGAUGUUGAGCCCCAGCAGCCGCCCCCUCCCAGCAGCACGGGGAUGACCUCCAGCUACAGCGCUACCCUCCCCAACAUCAAGAAACUAGGGAGUGGUUCGUCGCACCCCUCCGUCCACCAGCUACCCCCCUUCCAGAGCAACCAGCAACAGAUGGUCCCCCCGAUGACCCAGGCCGCCACAACACCGUCAUCGCCACCACCGCAAUCACCCCAGCCACAGACUAAUGUGCCUUCGGGUUUAGCAGGGAGGCAUUCCAAGUCUCUUAAGUCGCCUCAUCAUCUCAAUGCCAUAUCUCAGACGAUGCCUCGUCAAACAUUCAUGCGUCGGGUAUCGGAGGCAGGUGACAUGAUGGAGAAUGAGCAGAAGAUGCCUCGCGUUCAGGCCGUCUACACCCACGCUGCGACGGGAGAAACCCAACUUCCUUUCAAUGAGGGAGACAUCAUUGGCUUGGUCGGUCCUAAGAACAACGGCUGGUUCUAUGGACACAACUACAGGAGUAGGAGGAAUGGAUGGUUUCCUAUUACCUACACACAACCCUUGCCUGAAAUCUCACCCAAGACUAAUGGAACAAGUAACAUAUUGAGCACCAAGGGUGUAGCAGCCAGUAUGGACAACCUCCAAUCCGUGGGCAAUGACUACCCUACCCCUGACUACUCCGGCCCCGGCAGCCCUGUCUCCCCCAUGGCCCCCGCUGCAUCAACCCUCUCCCUCCCCCAGGUUGGCAUCGCCGUACCGACCAACCUCUCGACCGUGUCGCCCUACACCAACCCCUCCUCAUCCUCCUCCAACAACAAUGGAAUGGGAAACGGUGGGGUGAAACCCUCGGGGUUGCUGAUGACCGCACCCGUGGGAGUGGUCGAGGGAGAGGAGAGGAACACCUUUCAGAAUCAGCAGAAACAGCAGACCGGAAACUCGACCUUUAAUACCGCUGUGCCAAACGCUCUUGCUCAAAAGCAGUCUGCUUCCAUCCAGCCUGAUGUCCAGCUUUCUCAAAUUCAACUCUCUGUGCCUGAUGAAAACACCAAUGUGCCCUCACAAAACAACGGAGAUCAGGGAGAUGGCAACCCUUUCGGAUCGAUCCAGCUUCGUAAGACGGUGACGAAUGAUCGUUCAGCUCCUAUCAUCCCUAGAGACUAUCAGAUGGGUGAAUUUGCACGGCACUAAUCUAUUCUCCAAGCAUACUGAAACAAGAUAUACCAUUCAACUCGACUGAGAAGAAACGUUGUCAAACUCUGCAAUAUUAUUUAACUCAUGCGAGGAAAAACGUAUAUAUACCAUGCACUGAAUAUUAUGGUAAUAUUACAUCACAACAUUCCCAAACACAUCGUUGCCAUGUCAGGCAACACACAUGGAUUUUCAAGGAAUCAGGAUCGCCUAGUGAAAUUUGCGAGCAUUUCUGUGAUGUCAUACUUUGUAAUAUUCAGAACAAAUUUCUGUAGGUGAUGCAGCUGGAACUACAUGUAAUUGUCCUAAAGUAAGAUUUCUUGAAAGUCUUCGCGACAAUGUCAGACUUGCUGUAAAGUCUUAGGUGGAAGUCAGUUGCUUUCAUCCAACUCUACAUAUGCCAGUUACGUCAUUUUUCGGAAUGAAGAUAGUAUUUGCUUAAAUUACAGGAGGGCAUUAACUGAUAAGGCUUUACAUAUGGUAUACAUGUAUGUAAUGCCCAUCUGGCAGACAAACUGUAGUAAGAGUAAUUACUAAAAUAUUGUGUCAUUAUUUGCAAGAUAAAUCUUGUUGUUAUUUGGAUUAAAAGGUGUACAUUGUACAUGCAUUCACAUGUAUCUGUGUUUAUGGAUGUUAUUAAAAUUUGACAAAUGGUCUUAAAAUUUGAUCUGAGACCAAAGUGGCCAUUUUUUAGCCAAAAUUUGUGCUAUAAAUGAGACAAAAGGUCUUUUGUAUUAUGCAACUCAACAAAUUAAUGUAUGUGCCUACAUAUUGCCUUUCGUGUAAAUUGCAAUAUUUUAUGAACAAAAUCAAAUAUAGUAUCCUUUCUAGUCACAUAAAGUGAGUACAUACUUGUAUUUAGAAGAAUAAAACGGCUUUUAUGUAAAAUGAUGCUGGUAUUGGAAUAUAUAUUUGUAUAUGCAUUUUGUUUUUCAUAUUGCAUGUGUAAAUAGACUAAACUGCAACUUGCAAUAUAAUCAUGUCGUUCAGAUGUUGUAUGCAUUUGGCCGUCUUGUAAAUAAGAAAGUUUUUAAGAAUGCUCUUAUGGUCAAUAUAUUUGCCCAUUUUUUUGUAUAUGUCUGAAGUAAAGCUUAAGAGAACUAUGUCAAAUCAUGUCAUAUAAUUAUUGAUUUUUUU